AUGGGUGGCGGCGUCCCAGGGGCCCUCCCAGGGACGGCCGCGCCUCCAGGAACCCUCCAUGGGGAGGCAGCGGCCCUAGCAGCCCUCCCAAUGGCGGCGGCGACUCCAGGGGCCCUCUCAGGAGCGGCGGCAAUCCCUAGGGCCCUCCCAGAAUUGGCGGCAGCCCCAGGAUCCCUCCCAGGGCCGUCGGUACCCAAGGGGCCCUCGAAGGGCCGUCGGUACCCUAGGGGCCCUCGCAGCGAUGGCAGCGAACCCAGGAGUCCUCUCAGGCGCACUGACGACCACAAGGGGCCUGUCAGUGGCAUCAGCGUUUCCAGGGACUCUCCCAAUUGCGGCGGCGCCCACAGAGGCCCUCCCGGUACCACCACUCCUGACAGGGCCCCUGGGAUCGCCGCCGCACCUGGGGGCGCUACUGUCCUUGACAGGGCCCCUGGAGGUGCCACCGCCCCUGGCAGGGCUUCUGGAAACACCACUGCCCCUGGCAGGACCCCUGUGGGCGUCCCCCGGCAGAACCCGCCACCUCCCCUGGAAGGGAUUCUGUGGGCUCCACUUCCCCUGAGAGGGUCCCUGGAGGUUCCAGCACUCCUAACAGGGGCCUCUGGGUCGCUGCCGCUCGAUCGGAUCCCACCAGAGGAAAUGAAUAAGAAGAUCAAGAGCCGACUAUCAAAGACCUCAAAAUCCAUUAAGGAAUAUCUCCAUUCUGAUGCCUUUUUCUUGGUGUCUGAUCCUCUUUCUCUGGCCAGAUAA